AGCGUUAAAGCGUGUUUUACGAAAUUUCAAAAUUGAAGUCCUUACUGGUAAACUCUCUCUUUCCUGUGAGCCUGCAAUUGCAACUCCCUCAAAAUUUCCAAGAAAGAAGACUCUCUCCCUCAAAAUUCUCAGUAAAGAAGAGUAGAAAGAAAGGAAAGGAAGAGGAAGAGGAUGUACGAGGCUCAACGUUUUGUAGAUUUGCAGCAGAAUUCCAGCAAUUUUGGAGACCCAAAAUCAUGGCUUUCGGAAGACAGCAACAGCAAUGCUUCCCCGACUCACCACCCAAAUCACUCUCAACUCGCUUCUUCUGCAGGUGGGAAUGUCGAUCGUGUCCUCUUCAACGAUCUUGUCGAAAUGGUUCCCCUCGUCCAGUCCCUCAUUGAUCGAAAAGUGAGCACUUCAUUUACACGGAGAGGUUCGGUGAUUUACACCAAGACUCCUUCUAGAGAAUCCUUAUCCAAAAAGAUGAUUGAUCCUAGAGGCAGAAAUACUUGCCAAUCUAUUCCAACAAAAAAGAAAAUGGACCAUGGUGAUAAGGAUCAAGGUAAAACUGCUAAUGAUAAUCAAGAUGCCGAUAGCUUCGCAAUCCUUUCUUCCUCCAGGGCUGUGCCGACAGGGAAGGAUGCGGAAGAGUUAAUCGCUUUAAGGGAGCAGGUGGAAGAUCUGCAAAGGAAAUUGUUGGAGAAAGAUGAGCUUUUGAAAUCAGCAGAAGUUUCAAAGAAUCAGAUGAAUGCUGUUCAUGCCGAAUUCGAUGAAGCCAAACUCCAAGUUGCAGAAAAGGACUCAUUAAUUAAGUCCACCCAAUUACAACUCUCCAAUGCAAAGAUUAAGCUCGCAGACAAGCAAGCUGCACUUGAAAAAUUACAAUGGGAGGCGAUGACGUCCAAUCAGAAAGUGGAAACACUCCAGCAAGAACUAGACUCCAUACAAGGAGGCAUUUCAUCGUUUAUGUUGGUAUUUGAAAACUUGACAAAGAAUAAUUCCAUUCCAUAUGCUGAAGAUUACGAUAUCAAACCUUGCUAUUUGGACCAGCUUCCUGAUAUUGAUGAUUUAGAUGACAGGGAGAUGCAAAAAAUGGAAGAAGCAAGAGAAGCUUACAUUGCUGCUGUUGCUUCUGCAAAAGAAAAGCAAGAUGAAAAAUCUAUUGCUGCCGCAGCCAGUGCCAGAUUGCAUCUUCAAUCAUUUGUUUUCAGAUCCAAUAAUAUGAAAGACGGAAAGGUUUCCCCAAGACAAAUACACUAACUUCUAUUCUUAUGAGCAAACACUAGAGAAAGGCAUGAAGAGCAUGUUCACGAAGAAUCAGGCAUAUCCACUUGUGCAAUAUAUUCUGCAUACACUACCCAAGACAUGACCGCACAAAGUGUGCUGAACUAUGUUGAAAGUUCUCUUUAAUUAUUAUUUUAUUUCGUGUGUGUGUGUGUGUGUGUAUGGUUGCAGUAAGUUGCUUGUCGGAACUGGAUUGUGGAUGUAUUAUGAUUAUCAGUUCUAUGGUCUUUCGUUUUUCA